CCGCGCCAGCCGAGAGGAGGGAAGUCAGUCACCUGGCGGUGAAGGACAGUAAAACAGGGACGGAGAGGGAAAUUCUCUGCCUCUCUCUCCUUUCUCUUCUGCAAGAGAUCCACCUCCUGUUUCCUCCCAACUCUUCCAGCAUAACCUUCAAAGAAGAUCGUACCCUACAGACUUUCUUUUAUUAUAUAUAUCUGUGUGUGUGCAUAUAUACAUUACUAUUAUUAUUACUGAUAGACUAUCUUUAGCUGCAAAACAAUUUUGAGGCCUAUGCAGGACUUGGGGGAUUUUGUUAUCUUGCCAGCGAAAUUGUUCAUCGCUAUGUCUGGCGCUCACAGGGUGCUAAAUUAGCUACCAGACAACUCUGGUAGCAUGACGGAGAAAGGCUUUUAUCAUAGACUGUUCUCUUCAGUUUGAACACAUUUGCUUGAAAUUUGCUGCAUGAUGCUGUCCAGGGAAGAAGGAUUUUUUUUUUUCCUCGGGAUACAGCGAUUCGCCGGUUUUUGAGCUUAUUGCAGAAGAAAAAAAAUAAUCUUAAACUGAUGUGGAUUUUUUUUCCUCCUGUCUCCUUCAUUGCCAGAGGACGCGAACCUCUUUCACCAGAGAAGGAUCCACCUGUCGCUUUAAUCCUUAAGGGAGUUAUUUUUUUAAAAAAGUGAAAUAUUUUAUUUAUUUAUUUAUUUAUUUAUUUAUUUAUUUUAACCGGUGGAGCGUGAUCGCGGAGAAUGAGACUGAAGGGAGCUGACAGGGUUUGGAGGACAAGGCUGAGUUUAGGCUGGAAACUGAGAGACUAGAUUUCCCCCCCUCCUCUUUGUUCUUCUUUAUUUUUUGGCACAACUUCCGUAGUUUCCAGUCCGCUCCGCGCAGUUUCGCUAUAUGGACAGAUCAGCAAACCUGGACACGGAGGAGCUCAAGGUCCAAGUUUUCAAACCCAGAGACUGGAAGUUCAGUUUACUCUGUGGCUGGAAAGAAGCCCUACUCUGCCCUAUGACACGAGAACAGUACAUAUUAGCAACACAACAGAACAGCCUUCCAAGGACUGAACAUCCUCAGUUUUACCCAGUAGGGAUUUAUGGAUGGCGAAAGAGGUGCUUAUACUUCUUUGUCCUUCUGCUGUUGGUUACCAUGAUUGUUAAUUUAGCAAUGACAAUAUGGAUUUUGAAGGUUAUGAAUUUCACAGUGGAUGGAAUGGGAAAUUUGAGAGUCACUAAAAAAGGAAUACGACUUGAAGGAAUAUCUGAAUUUCUACUUCCACUAUAUGUGAAAGAAAUCCAUUCCCGAAAGGAUAGCCCACUGGUCUUACAGUCUGACAGAAAUGUAACAGUGAAUGCAAGAAAUCACAUGGGACAGUUAACUGGACAACUGACAGUAGGAGCUGAUGCUGUGGAAGCUCAGUGUAAGAGAUUUGAAGUGAGAGCAAGCGACGGUGGAAAAGUAUUGUUUUCUGCAGAUGAAGAUGAGAUUGUCAUUGGAGCAGACAGACUGAAAGUAACAGGCACAGAAGGGGCAGUGUUUGGACACUCUGUGGAGACACCCCAUAUCAGAGCAGAACCUUCCCAAGACCUCAAACUUGAAUCUCCUACUAGAUCUUUGGUGAUGGAAGCACCUAGGGGAGUGCAAGUCAAUGCAGCUGCAGGAGACUUAAAGGCUACCUGUAGGAAAGAACUGCACUUACAGUCCACAGAAGGGGAGAUAUUUUUAAAUGCAGAUACAAUCCGCCUGGGAAAUCUACCAGUGGGGUCCUUUUCAUCGUCCUCCUCCUUCUCCUCCUCCUCCUCCUCACCCAGCUCUUCAGCUCCUCGCCAGACUAUCUAUGAGCUCUGCGCCUGUCCCAAUGGCAAAAUUUACCUGUCCCCAGCAGGAGCAGGCUCCACGUGUCAAUCCAGUAGCAACAUCUGCUUGUGGAGCUAGAAGGACUCCGUUUUAUCCUCACACCAGAAUAGCCUUUUGUUACUAUCCCUCUGCUUCAUGGUUCAGUUCGGUUUCCCCUGUGACAAGUUCGAUGCUUCAAACGGCCUGCAGAGCAACUUCUUCCACUGUAAGCAGGAAUUAAACGCUGCCUUCUCCUGUGGCUUCUGCUGCCACUCAACACAGAGAUGGGAGACAGAUAUCCAGAAAUCAAUGUUUUCUUCAUCAGGAAACCUAGAACAUGAAAUCACCUUUUUUUCCAAAAGGGACAACAACACAGGUGCCUUUGCUACUUGAAGUGAAGCACAUAGUUUUAGAAUUUUGCAGGACCUGGAUAUGAACUGCACAUAAAUAUAUCUAGAGAGAGAGAGAGAGUACAUGAUUUUACUCACAAUCUGAUGGUGAGAUGAAUUGGUUCCCCCUGUAUGAUAAAUAACUUUACUGUCUGAAAGCACAAUUUUCCAUUCAUCUUUUUGGAUGUAAACUUUUAUCCCUGAAUUUUAAAAUUUUAAAGCAUUGUGUGAUGCUUGCUUUACUAAACAAAUUCAGUAAAUGGUUUUUAAUACAAAAAGAGACAGAAUUCCUCCUUGAGUUUGGUUUCUUUAAAAAUGUGUUGUUACUAUUUGUCUACUAAGUCUAGGGUUUUGUACGCUAGGUAAAUUUUGGAAGUGCUCAGCAAUAUUACUUUAAAAGUUAAAAGACAUACUCUUGUUUGUCAGAUCUGAAUGACCUUAAAUAAUGUUUUUGUGGCCAUUGCAUGUGAAGCAAUUGCUUUGAGUAGAACAUACAUUUUCUGGAAAAGAAGAACAGGGUAAAGAAGGAAAUGCUGAUGAUGUGUUUGUUGAUCAGUGUAUUGCACUUCACAAGGUUUUUAUAAUUGGCAAAUACAAAAUCAAGAAAGAAAUCUUCAAAGGUGCAUCUUGCCCAUUUUCUGAAUAUGUCUCACUGCUGCCAUUUGAACACAGUACAAACAUUGGUAGUAAUGUAAGGUGUGACACUGAGAAGCAGUGCACUAACAACUUGUAUGACAUUCACAUUUUUUAUUCUCUUUUGUUUGCCAUCUGCUGCUGGGGUUUCAAAGUAAUAGUAGUAUAUAUAAAACCACAUAUUAAAUGACAUUCAGUAUUAAAAAGUACAUCAAUAUUACAUUAUCCUUACCAGGUCUGGAUUUAAAUCAUGCAGUCACAUUUGCACUCAAAUCUCACUACUGAUUUGCACUCAGAUCUCACUACUGACUUAUUUUUUUUACAAGUUUCAUGUGGGAUUUCUUUCUUAUAUCAAUGUUCAUACUUAUUUGGUUUGAUUGAUAAUUGAAAUCUUAUAAAAAUGCUUUGGUAUGCUGCUGGUAAAUUUGUCACAGCAUUGAUUAACAAGAGUAUCUUGAAACUUGCAGAACCCAGGAAAGUAAAACAAUAUAAAAGUGUUUUCUUUUGUGGAAGAUGGCUUGAUUGUGUGAGGUAAGUGUGCUUUUUAAUUCUAUUCUUUAAAUUGCAUCACCUAGCUUCUAUUUUUAGAGGUUUCUGAAUCUAAGAUCACCAAUGAAAUGAGGGUUUUUGAAAAGUAAUUCUAAAGCCAGGAUAGACUGUGAAAGGUGGGUAUUUCUGCACAUUUUUAAAAUACAUUUUUAGAGGAAAAAAAUUAAAAUGAGCAAAUCAUUACAGUGAUUGCCUUGGCAUCUUAUUACCACCUAAUGAGGUUGACUUGUUUUCACUUCAGGUGAAAUUCACUCCUAUGCAGAAGACCAGCACAAGACAUGUCAGUGCCUUGCCUGGUGCUUGCCUUACCAUUGGCCCUCUUCAGAGGUGUGAAUUUUACCCCAUAGCAAGAAUUCUGUAUUUGCUGGGUUUAACAGUUAAAGGAAGAUUUUGAAUUGAUUAUUUUAUGUCUUCAAAAGAAGGCUGUUAACAGCUGACUUGCCUAUUUGAGAUUUUUCUUCUUUGAGAGAAUAUACACUAGUAAGUACUGCAAGAAAAUAUAUUAGAACAGGAGGAUUUUUGAGAUAGAGGAACAAAAAGAGUUGCAGAUGACUAAGGAGUGACAAUAAAACAUGAGAAUGUGUAGCUAUACAGUACACCCUUAUAACUGUAGGGAUAUAAAUAUCUUUUUCUCAUGCACACAAGUAAGACAAUGGUAGAGUGACAAUCAUGAAUUUCAGGAGGAAAAGAAUAAAGAUAUAUAUGAGGACACAUCUACAUGUAUUCAUCAUCUGUGCACACCUACAUGCACCUGUUGCUUAAAAGAUGAACAAAUAUAGUGACUAAUCUAUUUGGUGAAUUAAAAUGUGGCUACCUACAAAUUGCAUAUAAGUAGCAAAAUAGCUAACAAGCCUUUUUUCUCCUCAAAAAAAAACCUGCAGGGUGACUUGUAGAUACUUUGUCAUCAAUUUUCCACUGAAAAAUUUUGUUUGUUCUUCACCUUCUGAGAUUAUUUACCUGUUUAUUCAUUUAAAAAAGGUCUCUGUUUACGGGAUGGAAGGACCCAAACUUAAUAAAUUUCACACCAACUUGGUUGGGAAUGGGCAGGUGGGAAAAAAUUACUUUUUUACUAGAUUAAUUUUAACAGUAAGACUGAAAUAAUUUGCCACUUUGUAUGAAGAGAACUCAGAAGACAUAUGUGGAUAGUGCACUAGACUCCUUAAAAGAUGCCAGUAAAUUCAUGUAGCUCUGCACUGUCAGGAUAUUCAUUAUUGGAGUCCCAUCAAUAUGAAGUAGAGUAUAUUCAGGAGUUUCAACAACCUAUGGGAUAGAAUAGCAAGUUCUCAUAAUGUCUUUAUAUUCUGGUGAAUUUCAUAAUAUUGAUAUUUUACUUUAAAUGCAUUGAAAACUGUAAGAAGAGAAGAAAGCAAUUUUUAUUUCAAAAAAUAUUUCUAGCCCACAUGAUUUCAGGGAGUAUUGAAAAAGUUAUUUCAAUGAAUUAACCAUACUAAAAAUUAAGAUGCCAUCCUUAUGACAACAAUGAAAUAUGUGCAAAGACCUUAUUGGCUAUAUGUAUUUAACAUAUAUGAUAGAUUUAUCUCCUGUAAAAAUAUUUCUGUCAUAUUAUAGGAUACUGUCUCUUUCUUGUUCAAAAAAAAAGAAAAAAAAGAAGAGAAAAAUAAAAGCAUCAGCCAACCUCUCUGAGCACUGUUAGCUGUAUGGUUUAUAUUGCAGUUCAUUCAUUGGUUAAAUGUUAACACCAAAGACAGACACUUCUAUUAUAUCCAACACUAUGACACUGCUCUUUCUACUAAUUCUGUUGGAAUGAAGAGAUGAAAAGUUGUAAUUACAACAUGAAAUGUAACAUAGUUUAAAUUUGUGCAGCAUUUUGAGCUGUAGAUUUUCACUUUUUUUCCAAGGUUUAAAUUUUUUGUCAGUGUCUUUCAAUUGCAUUACUAUUCAUGCAUCUGGGGGUCUUUUUGUGUUACUAAGAAAACUUCCCAAGACAUUGCUUCUUUGAAGUUAAGUUAUACUGGUCUGCUUGCAAAGUUGUCUUGACUGGAUAAAAGAAUUCCCUUUCAACCAUUUCAGAUACAGAGGGUUAUUAAGUCUGGAAGAUACAGCCAUAAAUGUUUAGAAGAAUUCAAUGAAGGAUGUUUAAGGUAUUUGGUUGCUAACACAAUGUAUCUUUUAGGGGGGUUUUGUUUUGUUUGUUUUACUUUGUUUUAGAUUCCAAAUAAUUUAUAAAUAAAAAACAAAUUUACAACCCACAAACUUUAGACUAUGGAAUUGUUAUCAGCUGAUUCACUGUAAUGCACAUGAAAGUUGGAUGAAAAUCUGAGUGUCGUAUUGUUUCAAACACUACUCAGUAAAGGUCUGCUAACCAUUUUUGUUUUGUAACCUUCAUGUUAAUGGUUUUCUUGUGUAUAGAAGUAUAUAUAAAAAGAUGGGAACUAUUUUCUUACACAUACUAUGCAAUACGUUUGUAGAACUGCAAUAUUACCAAAAUUACAAAAGCUGUGCUUUUGUAUCCUCUUACUUUAUGUAACAAAAAACCAAUCUUUUUUCUAUUUAAUGGACUGUCUGUCUUAAAACUGUGGAUAGCAUUAUUCAAAAGCAGUACACUGAAACUUUUUAGAUUUUUAUUUUAUUUACCUUGGAUUUCUUUUUCUUUUUUCCAUGAGAAUAAUAGCAAGGUUUUGGAAGUUGGAAAUUGCUUUUUCUUGGAAAGCUAGAAUUUUUUCAGCAUGUAAUUAACACUGUCAGUUUGAAAUGUCUCCUGUACUUCUUUCAUUUGGUCUUAGCAUUUCCAUCUGGUGCUACCAUAUAACCAUAAAUAAAUGUGAUACAUUAAACAGGAAACAUAUCAGAAUUAAUUUCAAGAAUACUCAAACAGGAAUCCUGCUAAUGGUGCAAGGAACAUAUAGAAUUGCUGAUGAGAAACUUUUUUAUUUUCUGCAUAUUUUUAUGGAGAUUUUUGGUAGUUUGCAUUUUCUUACCUCUGUCUACAUUAGCAGCAUGGUGAUAGAGUCAAUUGUUUUUCAAUUGUUUUCUCCUCACACACAGAGCAUAAUACAAUUUUAUUUCAAACAUUUUUUGAAAACAACAUACACUGCAUUUAAAUGCAGUACUUAUGUUAAAAAAAAAUUAAAGAAGUAUAGGCUUUAUUUCUACAGUAGCAUUAGUAAAGUUUAAAUUACUGUAUUGCUAUAUCACCUACCAUAAAAACAUAUCACACUACUCAAAUUCCUUUGUAUCUUGCCAGAAUAAACUUGAACUGCAUAUUAAUGUUUAAACUGCACUUAUUUACAAGCCACUUGAGAAUUACAAAGUCCUGUAAAAGGUUUUGUGGUGAUGUCACCAAUGCAAACAAAUGCUCUCUGCAUUUGGUUACCCGGGGCAGUGUCAGUGCGGGUAACAGCACAGCCCUGUACAGAGCUUGGACAAAAAGCAAGGUGAGAAUUCUGUGGGUUUGUGUACACCGAGCCCCUUGAUGUAAUCAAUUGACUUCAUCAAUAUCCAGACAGCAGCUUGCUUCACAAUACCUAAAAAAUCAGCAACUUCUGUACAAAGAGCAAUAGUUCUUUAGAACUGUUAGUAAUACAGGAAAAUAUAUCAGUAAUAUAGAUGGGUAAGUCCCAAAUUAAUAAAACAUGAUUGCUGACACAACAAGAAAAAAUAUUCUUAGCAAUUUUGCUCAGGGUUGGACUAGUCCAAUCUGUGGAAACUACUGACAGUAAAAGAUAAAUAGAAGAUAAAUGGAAAAACAACACACUAUAUAUGUUGUGUUGAUGCAAUAAGGUCCACACUGAAACUAGAAUUUAACACAAGUUCUCUAUUUGAAAUAUAGAUAUGUCUCCUCUGAAACAUUGACCUGAGCUUCAGAUUAUGUUGUUUGAAUUUGAAAGUAUUAUUUGAUAUUUAAGCAAUACAUUUCUUAGAGAGGCCAGGACAUGAAUAAUUUCAGAAGAGCUGAGGUAAAAUCUUAUACUGUCUAUCACGUCUGAUUAGAGUCCAUUAAACACAAAAAAAAAAAAAAAAAAAAAAAA